UUUACGCUUCAGUGUUUGAAAGACAUCGCGUUCGACAACACGACUAAAGCGGAGCAGCAAAAUCAAAGCCUAACAAUACUGAGCUAAAUUUUCAAAAUAACUUAACUUUUUUUUCGAAAAAUUCUCUAUCUCUCUACUUAUCCCGCUAUCUGGUUAACGACAUAGUUCGACAUAGCGUUUAUUAUCCAAUUUUAACAAACAGCUUUUGUCGCAUUUUCUCCCCGAUCUCACAAAACGGUGCUAAUUCAAACGUAACGGUUAUGCUAACACAACAUAGUGAUGCAAUAAAAGCAAUAAUAACAACACGAUAAAGUGUGGCGAAAAAUUAACUGAAACAAAAGUGACUCACCACUCUUUUGUAAAAAUUCAAAUGUGAAGUAUUGUGAAUUUUCAAAAUACAAAUAUUUCAACAAACGGUCGCUAAGUAAGUUCACGGUUUACUUUAGUGAAAGAUUCACAGCGACUGGCUAUUAAAAUAACCUGAGCGCCACGCCGUAGCUAACCGUCCAUUUCAGCCGAAAAGAAGAAACAUUGCAAUGAAAACAAACAAUUAGCUAAGAAACAACAAAAACAAAAAUAAAUUGACCACAAAUAAGCAGCGUAAAUUCUUUUAUGCUAAACGUAUUCAAUAAUACAAAAUCGAAAACAUUUAUAUAUACAUACAUACAUGCAUACAUGCAAAUAUUUGUAGGUGUGUAAAGAGCUAACUGUGAUUUGUUGUGUAAGGUGUGUACGAAGCAGCGCAAAACACUCAAUGUGAGUCAUAGUUUUCGCCGCUUUACCUGCACCUAUCCAACUGAAUUCCAGCACAUCCACCCCUGCUACCCAACGCUCCUUAUUCGAUUGUAUUUAGUUCAAUUCAGUUCUCGAUCAGCGUUUUGCUUGCCGGCUGUACUGCAUUCAUUCAACCCAGGUACUUGUAGUUGCCCAACCAGCUCACCACCAACCGAGUCUACACACAGGCGUAAUGGAUCAUCGAGCUAUUGCCAGUCAAGUGCGAGAUUUGCGAACUGCAUUCGAUCUCUUAGACAGAAAUCGUGAUGGGCGUGUCACAGCAAAUGAGCUGCAGUUUAUGUUGAAAAAUCUUGGCAUAAAUGUGCGAGACGAAAUCAUACACGAUCUCAUACGCGAGGCAAGCCAUUCUGGAAAUGGGUUAAUCAACGAGGCCGAAUUCCUGCAAUGGGUGGGACGCAUUCAGGCGUUACGUGAUGAACAGCAACAGCAACAACAACAGCAAGAAGAGAAUGCAAGCAAACCAGAGGAGAACGAUGAUGUCACCGAAGAUUUAAUCGCCGCAUUUAGAGUAUUUGAUCGUGACGGCAAUGGCUUCAUUACCCGCGACGAGCUGCAAACCGCCAUGGAAAUGAUUGGAGAACCCCUCUCAGAAACGCAACUCACACAAUUAUUGGCCAUAGCCGAUUUGGAUCAAGACGGCCGAAUUAAUUACGAAGAAUUUACGAGACUUUUACUUUAAAGUGAUGAACAUCCAUAAAACUGAGCAUACUUACAAAUAUUAGCGAAGCAACUACAAUGUCAACAACAAAUAUAUGCAACAGUUUAUAUACACACAUAUACAUAUAUAUUUACAACAGUGCAGCAUACUCAAGUUACAUAAGUACUAAGCAGAAAUAUGUUUAAUAUCGAACUCUUCUUGACAAAAACAAAAACUAAAUAAAAACACAAUUUUGUAAGUUUGUCAGCGUUUAUCUGCUGGACCAGAAGCAAGCUAAGCAGCAGCGGGAGGGUGGUGCAACAACAAACACACACAUACAUAUAACACAUGCAUAUGUAUAAGUAUAUGUAGGUAUGGCUGUUGGAAGGGGACCACGAAAGUCACAAAAGAUUAACAUUUUAGUUAAUAGGUUGUUAAUUUAAAGCAUUAAAUUUAUUUAUGUAUAGUUUCACACAUACAAAAAAACACCAACACACAAACAAUGAUAAACACAUAUACAUACCUAUAGUUAGUUUAAGUUAAUUUUUAAUUGUAAUAAAAACAGUACAGUAAUGUGAAAGUGAAUAGAAGCGUUUUGUAAAGAACUUAAGAUUUUGACAUUUUCUUAUAAAAUUAUGAAUAUGAAAUUUAAUUAAAAUAUAACAAUUUAAAAAGUAAUGAAAUUAUUCAAUUAUAAAGUCUAAAUUAAUUGCAUGGAAUUUUUCAGAUUCGUAAGAAAUAUAGAAAAACAAAAUAAUUCGUAUAAGUCUGAGCGCGAGAGUGAUAAAUUUUUGUGUUAAGGGUGCUGCAAAAUAAAUGUUUCAAAAUUCAGCUAUGUGAGAGCUAAAAAAUGUGUAUUUGAAAACAAAAACAAAAAACUGUUCAGAUGAUGAUUUAUGUACCGAUGCAAGCUAAAAUAAAUAAGAAAUAUAUAUGCAACAAAAUGUAAUGCAAUUUGCAACAAAAUUAAUUAAUAUUUACAAGAAAAACUAAAAAACUUAAAUUUUCCAUAUUGUCUUACCACAAAACCAAAAAAAAAAAAAAACAAAAAAAACACCUGAAUUAAAUUUUAAAACUCUUACUAUUCUUAAUUAUCCGUUUUCUAAAGCUCUAUAACUCACAUUUGUGUGUGUAUGUACAUAUAUGCAUAUGUGUACAUACAUACAUACAAGUUAUAUGUAUACAUACGUAUUCGUAUGUUAUCUAAUAUGUGCAUUAUUACUUAGCUUUGUUCGAAACAAACUUAAUUAUAUGCAUACAAAUAAAUAUACAAGCAUAAACAUACUUAAUCCAUACAUACAUACAUACAAAUAUGUUAUGUAUUUUGGAAAUGGCAUAGAAAUUAAAAAAAGAAAAGAAUAUUUUGUAAAGUUAUUUGAAUAAAUAAAAAGAUAAAUAAAAUUAAUUGUUGAUUAUAAACCAACAGAUCAAUUUA